AAUAGUGUUACCUGCCUUUUUUGCUUGCAUUGAAAAAGAAAAAGAGAAUAUUAUUGUAUGCGUUUAUUAUUAUCUUGAUGUCAUAUGUUUAUUAUUUUGGACACGGGUGAAGUGUUUAGGACUAUUCUUAAUACACAAACAUAGCAGUUUCUAUCAGAGCUCUAUAAACUAUCUGCAGAGAAAUGGCGGAGUCUGCAGCGAGUCAGUAUGAGGAUCAGUUCAUCUGUUCAGUCUGUUUGGAUCGGCUGAAGGAGCCGGUGACGAUUCCCUGUGGACACAGUUACUGUAUGAGCUGCAUUACUGACUGCUGGGGCCAGAAGGAGCAGGAGCCGCCGUACUGCUGUCCCCAAUGCAGAGAGAGCUUCGGUCAGAGACCUCUACUGAAGAAGAACACUCUGAUAGCGGAGAUGAUGGAGACGCUGCAGAAGACGUCUCUACAAACGGCUGCUGUGGAGUGUGAUGUUUGCACUACAGAGAAGAGCAGAGCUGUAAAGUCCUGUCUGCAGUGCUUGGCCUCCUUCUGUCAAACUCACCUGCAGCUUCACUAUCAAUCUCCUGCGUUUAUGAAGCACAAACUAGUCCCAGCCUCCAGAAACAUUCAGGAGAACAUCUGCCUCAGUCAUGGGAAACCUCUGGAGAUUUACUGUCAGGAUGAUCGUCAGUGCAUUUGUUCUUUAUGUACUGAUAAUCACAGAGGACAUAAUGUGGUGUCUGUGGAUUCAGAAUGGACUAGUAAAAAGGACAAGUUAAAGGAGAUAAAGGUGUCGUGUCAAAAGCUGAUUGAGGAACGAGAGAGAGGUCAGCAGGAACUCAGAGAAGCUGUGAAGUCUUUUAAAAGUUCAGCACAAGAGGCCGUGGAGGACAUUGAGAAGGUCUUCACUGAGCUCGUCUGCUCUCUGGAGAAGAAACGCUCUGAGAUUAAAGAUCAGAUCAGAGAUCAGGAGAAGACUGAGAUAGAUCGAGCAGAGAAACUUCAUAAACAUCUGGAUCAAGAGCUGACAGAACUCAGAAAAACACAAGCAGAGAUUGAGAAACUUCUGAUUACUGACGAUCAGAUCCACUGUCUGAAGAGCUGUCAGUCUGUGUGUGUCUUACCCUCAUAUGAAGACGUUCCCAGCUUCACUCAACACACUCAUCUGUCUUUUAAAGACAUUUCAAUCUCAGCAUUCAGAGAGGUUUUGGAGGAUGUCUGUCAACAGCAAACAGCCAGAAUAUCUCGAGAAGUGUCAAAUGUCCAUGUUGCACAGACUCCAGAGCCAAACACUCCAGAUACACUUUGGCAAUAUUUCUGUCAACUGCAAAUGGAUCCAAACACUGCACACAAAGAACUUAAACUGUCUGAAGAGAACAGGAAAGCAUCACAUUCAGAUGAAGUCCAGCAGUAUCCUGAUCACCCAGAGCGAUUUGAUGUGUUUCAUUACAUCAUGUGUAGAGAGGGUUUGUGCGGUCGCUGUUACUGGGAGGUUGAGUGCAGUGGGGACCACUGGGCUGUUGCAGUUUGUUACAAAGGAAUUGGACGUAAAGGAAACAGUGAUGACUGUAAACUUGGCUUCAACAAAAUAUCCUGGAGAUUGUCCCGGUAUCACCAGAAUGUCAAAUUCAUACAUAAUACGGAGUAUGUCUAUAUCAAUGUUGUCCCUUCUUCUAGAAUAGGAGUGUAUCUGGAUCAGAGAGCAGGAACUCUGUGCUUCUACAGCGUCUCUGACACAAUAACUCUACUACACAGAGUCCAGACCACAUUCACUAAACCCCUCUACCCUGCUUUUCUAGCUGGGAAAUGUUCAUCUGUGAGGACCAUAGAGCAGAGAAACACUCAGGCAGACCAUAAAAAACAUAAUUUUUCAAUUUAAAUUCAGCUGCUGAAAUCCUGAAAUGUGUAGUUUGGAUGAACAAAAGACAUAAUAUUUCUUGAACAUAAACAAUAAAUACACAACACACACUUGAGCUGUCAAACUGGAUAUCAGUAAAUAAAUCUAUAGUCCAUUAUCAGAUGUUUCAAAAUCAGGUGUUAUUAAGAUUUUGUGUUUUCUGUGAUCUUUAACAAUAUUUCUGUAGCUCGUUAUACUAAUAAUGUCUGAAUCAAUGAUGCAGUUCACCAUUAAGCCAGCAAAGUGCUAGGGUCAAUUUGUAAAAAGAAAUUAUAAAAAAUAUAUAUUUUUAAACUGUCGUGGAAGCUAGUAGACUGAUUUUACAGGUUAUGGUGUUGACCAAAUAAUUAUAUUUUACUUUACACAUGUAUUAUUAUUCAAUGCAGCCACUUUGUGUGUGUUUCUACCUGCUAAUUAAGCAUUUUCUUUGUUUACAAAUGAUUUCUUUACAGUUUAGACAACUGAGCUGACUUGAUAUCCGAUAGUGUUGGCAAAAAGUUAAACAGAAAUAGCUGUAAAACCUUUCAGAAGAGGCACAAAUUUAAAAUGAUCUUAUUCUUUAAAGUUUAAUCUCUAUAUUUGUUUUCCUUGGUUUCAUGUAUACUGUAAAGUGGAAUAAAAGAAAAUUUAAAUC